AUGGCCAUGGACCUCCCGACAUUCCCAUCGCCGACCCUUGUUGGCCUUGCCCUCCUGGUUGUCAUGAUCGGGGUGCUAUACAGUAAGCACGCCAAUAAUCUAAGGAAACGUCUGCCUUUGCCCCCCGGACCCCCGGGAAAUCCAAUCUGGGGUCAUUUACAAGUCAUUCCCAAAGAUCACCCAGAACAGCAGUUCGUCAAAUGGGGCAAACAGUACAGUUCCGAUCUCCUCUAUUUCAAUGUUCUCGGUCGCCCCAUGAUUGUCAUCAACAGCGUUGAAGCAGCCCGCGACCUGAUAGACAAGAAAGGCGCGAAUUAUGCCGAUCGCCCGCGCUUCGUUCUUUUCGAAGUGAUGGGAUGGGGCGUCACCCUUACUUUUCUUCGGUGGUCUCCUCGAUUCAAGCUCCAUCGGAAGCUCCUUCAGCAAUCAUUCACCCAAUCGGCCUGUAAGCCGUAUCGACCCAUCCAACAAGAGGAAGCCCGACGGGCUGUCAAAGCCAUUUUUUACAAGCCGCAAGAUUGGGAAGUGCUCUUACGACAAUUUUCCACUGCCGUUGUGUUGCGCAUUGGGUUCGGGAUCGAUAUUCAGCAAGAGAAUGAUCCCUAUGUCCAAAUGGCCAUUGACGUCGAAGAAGCCACUGGGAAAGGUGGUGUCCCGGGAGCGUCGAUCGUCGACUUUUUCCCUGUGUUGCGCCAUCUUCCAAGCAUCGUCGAGAAAAUAUCAACUGCGUUUCAGCCGCUUGCUCAUGCUCGCCGCACAAAACCCAGCAUUCAACAGCUGCACGAUGCACCUUGGGAUGCAACCGAGGCGUCUAUUCGGUCCGGCAAGGCUACUCAACCUUCUUUCAUGCUGAACCACUUCGGCCGAUUUCUUUCAAAUGAGAACCUUGGUAAGCCGAAUGAAGUGACCAUUGCCGACCUGAAAGGUGCCGCUGGGGCCAUUUCAAUCGCGGGUGGCAACACCACUUGGUCGACCGUGAUUGUGUGCGUUCUUAAUCUCAUGACACACCCGAAAAUUCAAGCCAAGGCGCAGAAGGAGAUAGACAGCGUGGUGGGAGUACACGAAAAUGGAGAUAUCACUCGAUUACCUGAUUUCGAGGAUCGUGCACAGCUAAAGUAUCUGGAAAAUAUCAUUCAGGAGACGACACGUUGGGCCCCGCUGUCUCCCCUUGGUGUGCCUCAUGCUUCCCUUGCCGACGAUACCUAUCGUGGCUACCAUAUCCCAGCCGGAUCAGUGGUAUUUGCUAAUGCCUGGGCCAUGUCGCGGGAUGAAGGCGUUUACUCAUCGCCGGAUGAUUUUGAUCCGGACCGAUACCUUUCCCGUACCGAAGGUGGAAAGGGUGAGCCUGUCCCUGAAGGGCCAUUUGGAUUUGGACGGAGGGUCUGUCCCGGGCAACAUCUAGCUCUCGCUGGAGUCUAUAUAGUUGUCGCGACUUUGCUGGCAACUAUGGAUCUACGAUGCCCUGUUGAUGAAAAUGGCAGAAGGAUCAAGCCGCGAGUAACUUUCUCAAAUGGACUUAGUGGUGUUCCUGAUAGCUUUCCCUGCGUUAUCACUCCGCGAUCAGAUAGAAUUAAGGAGCUGCUGUUUAUGAGCUAA